AACAGGUAUUUUUUUUAUCAAAGGUACAGAGGUAAAAUGGCCACACCCAAAAGCUCAACCAGAGGCGGAAACACCCCUCUGUCCCCGAACCGCAUCACUCGGCUCCAGGAGAAGGAGGACCUCUGCAACCUCAACGACCGCCUGGCCAUUUACAUCGACAAAGUGCGCUCUCUCGAGGCGGAGAACGCCGGCCUGCGCAUGCGCAUCACCGAGUCCGAGACCGAGGUGACCCGGGAGCUGACGGGCCUGAAGGCCGCCUACGAGACGGAGCUGGCCGACGCCCGCAAGACUCUGGACUCGGUGGCCAAAGAGAGAGCGAGACUCCAGCUGGAGCUGGGCAAAGUGAGGGAGGAGCACAAGGAGCUGAAAGCCAGGAACACCAAGAAGGAGUCGGAGCUGGCAGCAGCCUUGCAGAGGCUCAAGGACCUGGAGGCUCUCCUGAACUCCAAGGACGCCUCUCUGACGACGGCGCUGGGAGAGAAACGGAACCUGGAUGCUGAGAACCGGGACCUGAAGGCCCAGGUGGCUAAGCUGGAAACCAGUUUGGGAGAUGCCAAGAAGCAGCUGCAGGACGAGAUGCUGCGGAGGGUGGAUGGAGAGAACCGGAUCCAGACUCUCAAAGAGGAGCUGGACUUUCAGAAGAACCUUCACUCUGAGGAGCUGCGGGAGAUAAAAAGGCGCCACGAGUCCCGGAUGGUGGAGCUGGACAGCGGCCACCAGCAGGAGUUUGAGAGCAAACUGUCGGAAGCGCUCGCAGAGAUGCGGAGUCAGCACGAGCUGCAGGUUCAGCUCUACAAGGAGGAAAUAGAGAAGACCUACAAUGCAAAGCUGGAAAGCGCUCGUCAGACGGCGGACAGGAGCAGCCACCUGGUGGGAGCUGCACACGAGGAGCUGCAGCAGACGCGGACCCGCCUGGAGUCCACAUCUGUUCAGCUCAGCCAGCUGCAGAAACAGCUGGCAGCUCGCGAGGCGAAGCUGAGAGAAUUGGAGGACGCUCUGUCCAGGGAGCGGGACACCACCCGCCGCCUGCUGGGGGAGAAGGACCGGGAGAUGGCGGAGAUGAGGCAGCGCAUGCAGCAGCAGCUGGAUGAGUACCAGGAGCUGCUGGACGUGAAGCUGGCUCUGGACAUGGAGAUAUGUGCCUACAGGAAGCUCCUGGAGGGCGAGGAGGAGAGGCUGCGCCUCUCCCCCAGCCCCCCUCCCACCAGAGUGACAGGAAGUCGCUCCUCCACUUCCAUUGGUCACUCUCGCUCCAUCCUCGGCAGCGCUCGCAGCUCCCCCGCCAAGAGGCGCCGCCCCAACGACACCGACAGCGAGGCGUCCAGCUUCACCGGCGGAGCUGUUGCCCGUACCCGCAUUACCCAGCAGGCCUCGGCCAGCGGCCGGGUCACUGUGGACGAGGUGGACCUGGAGGGGAAGUAUGUCCGCCUCAGCAACAAAGCAGAUGAGGAUCAGAAUUUGGGGAACUGGCAGCUGAAGCGGCAGAUUGGAUCCAGCUCUCCCAUCAUCUUCAAGUUCCCAGCUAAGUUCACCCUGAAGGCCGGCCAAAGAGUCACGAUUUGGGCAUCUAACGCUGGAGGGGUCCACAAUCCUCCUUCAGACCUGGUGUGGAAGACUCAGCCUUCCUGGGGAACCGGGGACCAGUUCCAGACCACGCUCAUUAGCGCCAGUGGAGAGGAGAUGGCUAUGAGGAAGGUAACCCGCACUCAGUUUGAAGAUGAAGAUGAAGACAUGCAGGUGGCUCACAGCACCUGCGCAGACGGCGAAUACAACCUGCGCAGCCGAACCGUGGUCUGCGGCUCCUGUGGACUCCCGUCAGACAAGUCCAGCAACUGCUCCGUGUCGUCUGCGUCCCGCUCGUUCCGUAGCGGAGGGCUCUCCGAGGGACUAGUGCCGCAUUCCUACGUGUUCAACACGAGCACACCUCGCAAGACUGGAUCCAGGAUGGAGAGCUGUCCGAUCAUGUGAACGCAUCGAUCCAUGAAGAACCUGUUCUCUUAUCCUACGAGAGUUUAGAGCGUAUUAGCUUCUAGUUUAUGUUUUAUACUUUUAAACUUUUUCAGGUAGUAAGAUUUGAGAUUUGUAUAUUUCUUUUUUUUAUUUUCUACCCAUGCAUGCUAACCGAUACCUUUGGAUUUCACUUUUCAUUAAAUACAUAUUGUUUUAAAAAUUGUAACCAUUUUUUUUCUCCCUUUUAAGCCUUUUAAGCUUGAGGAGUUUUUUUUAACAUUUAACUUUCAAUGUUUUGUAUUUUUUCAUAUUCUAUUCUGUUUCUGUU